AUGGUCAACGUCCCAAAGACCAGACGCACUUACUGCAAAGGCAAGGAUUGCCGAAAGCACACCCAACACAAGGUCACUCAAUACAAGGCUGGAAAGGCUUCGUUGUUCGCUCAAGGAAAGCGUCGUUAUGAUCGAAAACAAUCCGGUUAUGGUGGUCAGACAAAACCCGUUUUCCACAAGAAGGCAAAGACCACAAAGAAGGUUGUGUUGAGAUUGGAAUGCACAUCUUGCAAGACGAAGGCACAGUUGGCAUUGAAGCGUUGCAAGCACUUCGAGCUUGGUGGUGACAAGAAGACCAAGGGUGCUGCAUUGGUAUUCUAG